AUGGAGUCUGCGCCGGCGGCGGCCUUCAUGGAGCGGGAGCGCCUCACGGCGGAGGUGACCUUCUCCGGGGACGCGCAGGCGGCGUCGUCCGAGGGCGCCGAGCGGCUGCCCAGCAUCAUCGUCAAGAUCCGGCGUCGCCUCCCGGACUUCGCCCGCUCCGUCAACCUCAAGUACGUCAGGCUCGGGAUCCGGCACGGCGGCAGCCUCACGUCCUACCUGCCGAUGCUGUGCGUGCCGGUGCUCGCGGCGGCCGCCUACUCCUUCGUCCGCCUCGACGUCAUCUACCUCUCCAUCGACCUGCUCAGCUGCGUCGCCUGGCUCGGCACCGCCAUGCUGCUCCUCACCGUCUACUACUUCAAGCGACCUCGCCCGGUGUACCUCGUCGAGUUCGCGUGCUACAAGCCGGAGGACCAGAACAAGAUCACCAAGGAGGCCUUCCUCGACAUGACCGAGAGCACCGGGUGCUUCAAUGACGAGACGCUCGCGUUCCAGACCAAGAUCACCACCCGCUCCGCUCUCGGCGACGAGACGUACCUGCCCUCGGGCGUUCUGGCGCGCCCGCCAAGGCUCAACAUGGCCGAGGCGCGGCUGGAGGCCGAGGCGGUCAUGUUCGGCUGCCUGGACGCUCUGUUCGCGUCCACCGGGAUCGACCCGCGCCGCGACGUGCGGAUCCUCAUCGUCAACUGCAGCCUGUUCAACCCGACGCCGUCCCUGGCGUCCAUGAUCAUCCACCAUUACAAGAUGCGCGAGGACGUCAAGUCGUUCAACCUGGGCGGCAUGGGGUGCAGCGCCGGCCUCAUCGCCAUCGACCUCGCCAAGGACAUGCUCCAGGCCAACCCCAACUCGUACGCGGUUGUCCUCAGCACCGAGAACAUCACCCUCAACUGGUACUUCGGGAACGACCGCUCCAUGCUGCUCUCCAACUGCAUCUUCCGCAUGGGCGGCGCCGCGGCUCUGCUCUCGAACCGGCGCGCGGACGCCGGGCGCGCCAAGUACCGCCUCCUCCACACGGUCCGGACGCACAAGGGCGCCACGGACGAGUGCUUCAAGUGCGUGUACCAGCGCGAGGACGACGUGGGCAAGGUGGGCGUGUCGCUGGCGCGGGAGCUCAUGAGUGUGGCCGGCGACGCGCUCAAGACCAACAUCACCACGCUGGGGCCCCUGGUGCUGCCCCUCAGCGAGCAGCUCAAAUUCCUCAAGUCGCUGAUGAUGCGCCGGGUGUUCCGCGCCAAGGGCGUGCGGCCCUACAUCCCCAACUUCCGGCGCGCGUUCGAGCACUUCUGCGUGCACGCCGGCGGGCGCGCGGUGCUGGAGGAGGUGCAGCGCAGCCUGAGCCUGGAGGACAAGGACAUGGAGCCGAGCAGGUGCGCCCUGCACCGGUUCGGCAACACCAGCAGCAGCUCGCUGUGGUACGAGCUGGCCUACGCCGAGGCCAAGGGCCGGGUGAAGCGCGGCAACCGCGUAUGGCAGAUCGGGUUCGGGUCGGGGUUCAAGUGCAACAGCGCGGUGUGGCGCGCGCUCCGCGACGUGCCGGCCGUGUGA